CGUCGUCUACUUCCACGGCGGUGCGUUCAAAGCGGGCGAUAAUACCAUCACGCCGCACCUGCAUGCCAACAUCGGUUAGCUCCCAACCAUCUCACGCAGAUCUCGUUGCGCUCGUUACUAUAACGGAAGAAGAUUUGACCAUUAAGUACCAGGGAAAUUCUUCGCCGCCAGCGGCAUGAUCGGAGUCCUCGGGACGUACCGCCUCCUACCGCAGGCACGGUACCCGGACGGACGGGAAGACGUCGCAGCUGCCCUAACAUGGCUGCAUGACCACGUUCAUCGGUAUGGGGGUGAUCGCAACGCCAUAUUUGCGCUCGGACAAAGUGCCGGCGGUGGCCACCUGGCCAUGGCUCUAUAUGCAGGGAGGCUAAUUUCCGACGAGGGCCAGAGCCUGGUGCGUGGAGUCUUGCUCCUAAGUGCCGCGUUGGAGUACGAUAUGGGCAAGGAGGAUCGGCGCAGAAGCAUGGAGGCGUACUAUGGAAUGAAUGACCAUAAUUUUAUCCACGCUCAUUCUGCUCUGGGUACUUUCCAGAGGUUGUCAAAUGACGAUGACGAGGCCGUCGGGUCAACGCCCGAGUUAUUUGUUAUGGUGGCUGAGUGGGAUUUUGAGGAGUGUGCCCGGGGCAAUCUGAAUUUCCUGCAAGCUUACUAUAGGCAGCAGCGCCGUCUGCCCAGUUGUGAGGUGCUGUUGGGCCAUAAUCACGUUAGCUACUGUUUGUCCAUCGGGCUUCCGGGUGAUGAAGUUGGUCCGAAGAUCGUGGAGUGGGUGAGGCAGUGCUUGGAGUAACGGGAGUCUCCGUGUUCCUAUGCUCACAACAUUCUAAUUCAUUCCUAUUUACAUUGCCUCGGCACCAGAGAGCAUAGUUACCCGGACCUGUCUUGUGAAAUG